AUGGACGGCGACAGCCAAAUGGGCGAAUUAAACUCUCCAUCCACUGAUUCAGAAGAAGCCAUGUUCCCCGCUGCUAACACGUCCGUCGAAUCGUCUGCAUCAUUCAUCCCUCCAAAUAUCAACGAUAUUCUCUUCUCUCCACCGCCUUCGCAAAACCAGACUAACCAAGGCAACGAAGUCGAUGGCGCUGUGCAGAUGGAGGACCUCGGGACGACCAAAAAGUCCGAUUUUGGCAAGGAACCGCAGGAUACAUUUGUUCUGGGCGCGAGUUGGAAUAACAAGAAAGCCAGGGACGAGUGGCAGAGAGCGUGGAAUCUUUUGGAGGAUAGGCAGUUUAAUUUGAGGAGGGGGAUGAGUGAGCCUAUGAAGCCGACGUGA